GGAAAGUGCCAGUCCACACCCAGACUUUGCAAAGGUACCGACAUAUCCAAAUUGCUCAAAUCGAUUGCCAGAGUCAUGGUUCCAAGUCAUUCUAAUUGCUCCCACAUUAACAAUUAUCAGGCUGCUGCUGAAAACGCCCAGCCACCCCCACCAGCCAACAUAACUGUCCCAAUGCUCCGCACAGCCUCCAACGCCGGCAAAGCUCAGUAUCGCAGCUCCCAUCUCGCCCCUCCGGCCGGCCUUCGAGAAUGGAAGAUCGAGAUCCCCACCCGCGACGGCAGCGCUAUUCCAGCGCUGGUAUAUGAGCCCACAGGCGAAGCUGUGAGCGAGCGGCCGAUACUGCUCUUUUUCCACGGCGGAGGCUGGUGUAUUGGGAAUCGCUUCGAUGAUUUCCAAGCCAAUCGAGUGAUUGCUGUGGAGAAUGAUAUCAUUGUUGUUAGUGUGGAUUAUAGACUGGCGCCUGAGUAUCCCUUUCCUACCGCUGUAUAUGACGGGCUUGAUGCGUUACAAUGGGUAUCUAUUCCUCAAUCAUCGCCCGGGGAUUCUUUAUUCCUUGCAGAGAUAUUGGCUAACCAGUUUAUUCACCACAAAUAGGUAGCCGCGAAUGCCCACAAAAUUCAUAAAUCUGCAUCCCCGUCUAAAGGCUUGAUCGUUGGUGGUACAUCAGCUGGCGGAAAUAUCGCCAAUGCCGUCGUUCACCUCAACCGUGAACAAUCAUCUAUUUCGCCGGUUACA